UCUUCUUUUCCUUUACUUCCAUUAAUUAGUACAGUGGGUUUGUUUUAUAUUUAUGAGGCUAGAUUUUAUUAGGUGUCCUAUAAAUGUUGAAAUCCCUCGGUACAGAUUAUUCCAGUAAAACUAAUAUUGAAGUCUCAUUUCUAGUCAAACUAAUAGUUAUAUUGUUUUUAGUCUCUCAGCCCCAAUAUUUUGGAAUAUUAAAUGUGUUUGCUAACUGUAAUGAUGUUAAUAGAUGUACAGAAGGGCAUAUCUGGAAAAGCAAUGGUGCAAGUUAGUGCAAGUAGGUUUCGUCCCAAUCUUGUGGUAUCUGGAGGUAGGCCUUAUGCUGAAGAUGGAUGGAGAUACAUUAGGAUUGGAAAUAAGCAUUUCAGUUCGCUAGGGGGAUGCAAUCGAUGCCAGAUAAUCAACCUUGCACUAAAUUCGGGACAAGUGCAAAAGUCAAACGAACCUCUGGCAACUUUAGCAUCCUACAGGAGGGGAAAGAUUUUGUUUGGCAUAUUACUGAAACAUGCUACUAUUGAUGGAGAGCAGCAACAAGGUGCUGAUUCCUGGCUUCAUGUGGGGCAAGAUAUACAUCCGGAUUAAAACACAAAUACCUGCAAAAUCAUCUACUCAAACUCAAAAGCUUUAGUUCAUGUGUCUGUAUGUGAGAAUGAACAUUGUAAGAAAAACUCAUAUUCGCAAUGCUGUCUAUUGAAAACUGAAAAUAAAAA